CCGGUGUUUCUCAUCUCCCACAAGUUUGUUUUCAUUCUUGUUCAGCUAAAAUGGCGACCAUCACAAGGCUGGGAAGAACAGCUCUCCGGCUCAACAAUGUCUUAUUUCGACCAAGAGUCUUGAGAAUUGCUACUAUUUCGACGUCCAAGAAGAAUAAAGACACCAUUACUAUUUCAGACGCCGUGGUUGACCAUGGUAAAACCAAGACGGAGGAGGCCACAGUCGAAACCAAAAAGAACUGGAUUAGUUGGGGCUUCAGUUACGAAUCAGAAGUUAAGGACAACACGUUAAUGCAUUUGACCUUCUUCUUUGGUGUCACUCUUUGUCUUGUCACCACAGGCUUUGUCUGGACUUACCUGCCAGAUUUCAGAAUGAUGGACUGGGCACAGCGUGAAGGAUACUUGGAACUGCGUCGGAGGGAGGAAUUAGGUCUUCCACUCAUUGAUCCAAAUCUUAUUGCUAUUGACAAGAUAGAGAUGCCCGACGAUGAAGAACUUGGAAAUACAGAGAUCAUCAUCUAAAGAAUAUUUACUGUACAGUCAAGUUUAAAUUGUAUUGUUACUUUAGAUGUAUGGGCUGCCCAAUGAAACUAAGAGUACAGUAAGUUGCUAUGGAUAAGAGCUGGAAAAUUUUGAUAGCAUUCUGAACAUAGAUGAGUUUUGUUCAAGGUUGUAAAUAAAUGUUUAAGAUAAUAUAUAUUAAUUAUUAUUA